AUGGAUAUAUUGCACUCAACAAACUCAACAACGAGUCUUUUGCAAGGGCAAGUGGGUCUGAAUGUAGUGGAAAGAUUAUGGGCAGACUGGUAUAUUUACAUCGGAAAUGAUAUUCUCGCUACUGGACUUCUAUUCUUUUUGGUUCAUGAGAUUAUGUACUUUGGAAGAUGCUUGCCAUGGUUCAUUAUUGAUCAAAUUCCUUACUUUAGAAAGUACAAGAUUCAACCUGAUAGCAUACCCACGAAUCAACAACAAUGGGAAUGUUUCAAGGCAGUUCUCAAAUCACAUUUCUUAGUGGAAGCAUUACCUAUCUGGUUAUUCCAUCCUUUGUGCGCCCAACUAAAUAUUGUUUAUGGUGUGCCAUUCCCAUCCUGGAAAAUCCAGGCUUGUCAAAUUGUGUUUUUCUUUAUUUGUGAAGACCUUUGGCAUUAUACGUUCCACAGAUUAUUCCACUAUGGAUGGUUCUACAAAAACAUUCACAAGAUUCACCACAAGUAUGCCGCACCAUUUGGCUUUGCAGCCGAAUACGCGCACCCAGCUGAAGUGGCAGCAUUGGGAGUUGGAACAGUUGGGUUCCCAAUUCUCUACGCUUACACUGCAACAAAAACAAAUAGUUUGCCACCCAUCCAUUUAUUUACGAUAACGUGUUGGAUUGUUUUGCGUUUGUUUCAAGCAGUGGAUUCACACUCCGGUUACGAUUUCCCAUGGAGCUUGAAUAAAUUCUUCCCACUUUGGGCUGGCGCAGAACAUCAUGAUCAACAUCAUCACUACUUUAUUGGAAACUAUGCCAGUUCAUUUACAUUUUGGGAUCGCUUCUUCAGUACUGAAUGUGGACAAUUGGCAAAGCAAAGACGUGAAGCAAGAGCAAACAGAAAAUCAGAGGCUCUUUAUAAGAAGAAUAUGUAG